CGAUGGCUCAGUUCAGAUGGAUUAUGAUGUCUUCAUUUCUGAUGCUUCUGUUUCAGUUUAGAGCAGCAGCUGGGGAAUAUCACUCCUUUACUGUCAGAGUUGGAGAUGAAGUCACUUUGUCUUGUGAAAAUGUGACAUGUGAUCAGCAUAAAUAUAACCGUACUACCUGGCUCUUCAGUGGUUCAGGAAACACAGUGACGCUGUUAGAACUCGGGCAGAUUCAGGAAGAAACCAAAGCUAGAUCAGACAGACUGAAUGUUACAGAGAACUGUUCUCUGGUUAUAAAGAAUGUCACAGAGGAGGAUGCUGGUCGUUACACUUGCAGACAGUUCAGAUCAGGAGAGAACCAACAGGGUGGAGACACUGUUGAUCUGUCUGUUGUUAACCCGACCGAACAGCAGAACAAUGAAACGGUGACGUUCAACUGCUCUGUGUCGACAUAUGAACAAUGCAGACACUUCAAAGUGGAGUGGCUGUAUGAGGGUGAUAAGAAGGAUUUCAAAGACAUGAAGACAUCACCGAGUACCUGUUCAGCCUCUGUGACAUUUACAAGAUCUGACUUUUAUCAGACGUAUUACCAGUCGUUGAAAUGUGAGGUGAUACACAGUUUAACUGGAAAAGUGCAGCUGUUUCCCGUCAUCCCUCCUCAGUCCUCAUGGAAACCAGGCUGGUGGUGGCUGCUCAUCAUUGUGUUUGUGGGAUUAGUAGUAAUAAUCCCAGUGGGGGUCUUCAGAUGGAAGAGAGCUAAAGGGAACAAAACCCAGACGGAUGACAACACGGCUGAUCCUGAAGCUGGCGUUUCCUACGUCUCAGUCAGCUUCAAGAAGACCAACAGAAGAACCCAGGGCCGCGAUAAGGAUGAUAAUGAUGAUGCAGUGACCUACAGCACUGUGAACACCUCCUCCUCUUCUGCUGGAGCCUCUGCUCAUCCCAGAAACCUCGACCCUACCUACGCAGGCAGGCCAAAGAAAUAAGAUGUGUGUGUGUGUGUGUGUGUGUGUGUGCGUGCAUUUUUAUAACAAUGAUGAUUGUUUGGAUUGUAGAUUUAGAAAUGAUUGAUCUUAAUAGUUGGUCAUGUUGUUCCUUUCAAUGUUA